CUCAGCUUCAGUUUAGUGAAUUGAUCUUCAGUUCAGCUGAUAUUUGUUUAAUUGCAGUUGGAAAUCAACAUGUGGCUGAGACCAGCAAACUUCAUCAGAUGUGCAUGCAACAAUCAAUACUAAUUAAUCACGACAGCUGAAAACCAGAGAGGAGAACCAAUCUGCAGGUUCACAACCCCUUCAUGACAAGAUGACUUCAUCCACACCCCCUUCCUUUCAUAGCUCCGCCCCCCAGAAAGUCUGCCACUCCCAGACACAGACAGAUGUUCUGAAGCCGCUGCUGGGAGGGGCGGGGCAUGGGAGUCAGGCGGUGCGUCGGAGGAGGGUGUUAUCUAAAGACGGGCGGAGCAACAUACGCAUCGAGCACGUCAGGGGGCGUGGAGCUCUGUACCUGCGUGACCCCUGGACCACCUUUGUGGAUAUGCAGUGGAGGUACAAACUGGUGCUCUUCAGUGCCACGUUUGUGGGCACCUGGUUCACCUUCGGUGUGUUGUGGUACCUGCUGGCAUUAGUGCACGGAGAUCUGCUUGAGUUCGAUCCUCCAGCAAACCACAGUGUGUGUGUGAUGCAGAUGCAAACACUUACCGGAGCGUUUCUCUUCUCACUGGAGACACAGACAACCAUCGGCUACGGCUUCCGCUGCAUCACUGAAGAUUGUCCGUCUGCCAUCGUCCUGCUCAUCGUACAGCUGCUCAUCACCACUGCCAUGGAGAUCUUCAUCACCGGAACCUUCCUCGCCAAGGUUGCUCGGCCUAAGAAGCGUGGUGAGACGGUUCGGUUCAGUCAACAUGCUGUAAUAUCCAAUCACGACGGCCAACCGUGUCUCAUGAUACGAGUCGCCAACAUGCGCAAGAGUCUGCUGCUGGGUUGCCAGGUGACUGGGAAACUUUUACAGCCAUGCGUGCCUAAGGAGGGAGAAGCAGUGCGUUUGGAUCAGAAGAAUGUGUCGUUCAGUGUGGACACAGAGAGUGAAAGCCCCUUCCUCAUCCUCCCCCUCACCUUCUACCACAUCAUUGAUGACGACAGUCCACUGAGAGCCUGGGCGGCCAGAGGUGCAGGUUGGACGGAUUCAGAUCUGGCUGAUUUUGAGUUGUUGGUGAUGAUGAGUUCUACAGUAGAGCCCACCUCAGCCACCUGUCAGGUGCGUACCUCUUACCUGCCCGACGAGAUACUGUGGGGUUACGAGUUCCCGCCCAUCGUAUCUCUCUCUUCUACGGGUAAAUACGUGGCAGAACUGGCAUACUUCGACAAAGUAGUGAAAAUCAAGACCCCGCCCCUUUUCAAACAGUCCUCGCCCACCAGUCCUAAGGGUAACCAUGAAGAUGUGGGUGGAAUGGACCCAGAGGAGAUGCGACUGGAAAAACAUUACAGAGAAGGAGAUGAGAGAGACAGUCGUCCAGUUAGUGUGCGAAUUAGUAGUGUUUGAUAGACAUUCA